AUGUGUAGAGGACAGCAGGAAAAAAUGGUUGUAUCUGAAUCACAACGUUUUCAUCAUGGUAGAGAAUUGAGUAGAGAUAGAGCGUUCACGUUCCUUAAAACUGGAAAAGUACGAGUUCGAAGAGACGAUCAUAUUGAUGAAGAGUGCCUUGAAGACACCUGCCAUCAUGAAGAAGUCCUCGAAUGGCUUGUGUAUACAAAGUCCAAAACGGAUGUGUGUACAUGGAUGAAAAACAGGAAGUGUCUGGACUGCAAAUCAUCUGAAAUUUGCAAAGUAACGGUCGCAGAUUGUUCAACUCUAAGAAACUUCAAAAUAGAUUGUGUACCAGAUCCAAAACUCCCAAAAGUAAGUUUUGCCCUAAAGAAGGUUCAGGACAAGGACGAUGAAACGUUGUUCUACGAGUCACUGUUUUUUAAAUGCAUGUCUGAAGAAAUACGCAAAAGUGAUGAUAAUACUUCUUUCCAAUUCAACUGGUAUAUUGAUGGAAGUUUGUGUUACACGAGCGAUACUGUUUUGAAGAGCAAUUUAUCAUUUGGAUAUUUCUAUGAAAAUAACGGCAUUAAAAAAUUAGGAAUUAAGAUAAGCUGCCAAUACUCUUUGCAUACUCGAGACAGAGACAAUGGGUCACUUUCAAAAAUGAGCGAGGAUUUCUUUGCAGGAUUAAAGAUUUUAAAUGAACCGAUCAUAGUACAAAGAGGAAAGGAGGGUGUAAUAAGAAUGCAGCUGACAGUGCCUUUUGGCUGUUUUUUCUACCAAGAUGAUGUAAUAUCCUGUAAAUUGACUGUUGAGGCGAAAACACCCCAACGUUCCAGCUGUAAUGAUAUAAAAGGAAUCGGUAGUUGUGGUGUAGGUAUAGAAAGAGAGUCAUGGGAUGCUAUUCAAUCCCUCACAAUAAGAAAUGAAGACAAAACGCUUGAUUAUGAAGCUACUCCAGUACAUUACAUCCAGUUUUAUACAACAGCAAUGCCAUCUCAUAAAAUAUGGAGUAAUGUUAUGCUACAAGAAGUACAGAUUUACAUAAAAGAUAACAAUACAGAAUGGAAAGGCAAGUCGUGUUAUUCACACAGUGAUCCUCAUAUGAUGACUUUUGAUGGACUCUCGUAUAAUAACCAAAAUCCUGGAACAUUUAUUAUGUACGAAAGUUUGGACGGAUUUGCCAAUAUAAUGCAGGUUCAAACAAGACUCACUCCAUGCAACAAGGUGACUGGGCCUGGUAUAUUUUGCAACUGUGGCGUAGCUGUGCGUGCUGCUGCUGAUGUGUAUAUUAUUAACAGAUGUCCGAAUGAUGAAUACUUUUUUGGAUUCAAAAAUUGUGCCGAUAAUGUCCUGGAUGUACGCAAACAAGACGAUUUUAAUUAUAUUAUUUAUUUUCCUACAAGCACGUAUGUACAAUUGCGUUUGUGGAAAUAUCAGACUGAGAAUGUAAUUGAAGUUAACAUAUUUCCAUCCAAAUUUGAUGAAGGUGUAUCUAAAGGCUUGUGUAGUCAAUUACGUUCAGGUAAACUAUAUGACUUCACUCACAAAUCCCAUGAUGUUCGCAGACCAGACAAUUUCUCGCUAUCUUGGAGAGUUAAAGAUCAAAACAGCCUAUUCAACAUGUUGAAGUCUGAUAUUGAAAAUCUCGGUGAUAUGAAAGGAUCUGUGAGAAUUUGUACAUGUCGAAAAAUCAAAUUUGAACUGAGUAAUACUGUCCUAUGUUCGAAUAAUGUCACGUGUCCGAGAGCAGAUGAAGCAGUCAAAAGUCAUGCUUGUACUCAGAAAGGAAAACGGUCGGCACGAUCUGUUUUUACUUACGUACCAAAAAAAACCCUCAGUCAAAGACAGAGAUCAAAGAGAUCUGCAGUAGUGAUCAGAUCAAUGUCGGAGAAGGAGGCAAGAAAUUUUUGCGAAACCUAUAUGAAUUCAUCCAAAAGUUUCCAGGCUUGCCGAAGUGUACCAAAUGUGGAUGCGGAAAAUGCUAUUCAAAAUUGCAUUGCAGACAUUCAGCUAACGAAUACUACUCUCUGGGCACCUGCAUCUCGUGAAGGAUUGAAGACAUUGUGUAUGAAAGAAUUAAAUCAAAAUAACACAUUUAGAGAGGGAAAGGAUGGACAACGUAUCGUAGAAAAUAUUAAAAAUAUGAUGUGUUCAAAUGAAUGCAGUGGUCAUGGCAUAUGUAAUAAUGGAACUUGUGAUUGUGAGGACAUUUUUGGCGGAUCAGACUGUUCCCAAGAUCUGUCUAUCCCACCUGAUGUUUUCUCAAUCAACCCUCAAAGCGGAGGUAUCUGCGAUGUUGCAGAUUGUGAAGAAGCUGUUGUAGAAGGGGACAUGUUCCUGGACAGAGAAAAUCUUACAUGCAAGAUGACUAAAUUCCAGGCCUCCAUAAUUAACAUGAAAAUUUUCCACGAAUCUGUUAUCAUACCAGCAAAACAUAAUACCCUCGCUGAGGUCCGAUGCCGUGUUCCAGUUAAUGAACACAAAAGAUCCAUUCGUUAUUCUCAUGAAGCAUUUGUGACAGGUUACAUGAUUUCAAUAAGCAACAAUGCUAACAACUUCAGCUCUGGUCAGUUUAUGUACAUCUUAGACUCUACGUGUCAGGAUACGGUUAAUGUGUCUGGACACCUAAGAUUUGCUUUAAAGGAUAAAUACUGUUUCAUCAAUGGCCAAUGUGUGCCUGACAAUGCAGAGUUUGGAUCAAACGAUUGCUAUGGUUGUGAUUCUAGUGAGAAUAAGUUUUCAUGGACACUAAAUGCAACCAAAGAAGAAUGUAGACCUUCCCUCGACAAAGGCAGAUAUGAAACUGCGCUUGUUUCUUUGACAAUGACCUGUGUUGCAGUAAUCUUGGUCAUUGCUUUCAUCAUUGCUGUCAAAAAAAUUAAGAAAAGAAAUACUAUUGCAGGUUUAACCAAUUUCCCUACACCUAAUAUUGAUACAGGAAAACCUAAAUUAAAUUUGUCCUUUGACAACAGAGGGAACUUUUAA